CCUAGAAACCUCAGUGAGACAGGGAUUGUGUCCUAACUAUUACCUUUUAUACUUUUGUUUAUACUUUUUGCUCUUGAAACAGACUUAAAAAGGACAUAGGAAGAAGUUUAUACAUAAAUGUAAACACAUAAGUUAUCACUUGCAAUUCAUACAGUAAUUCGGUUUAAGUUUUUUUAAGGAUUGUACUUUUAUAGACUGUGACUUAUUUAUUUUUUCCAGUUAGGAUCGUUUUUUUAUUCGUGUUUAUAUCAAAACAUAUAUUUAAAAAAAGCACAAGAUGGCAGGUGUUAUGUCUUUGGACGCGGUAAAGAGAAAAAUCCAGGCUCUUCACGCGCAGGCGGACAGCGCGGAGGAGCGCGCGCUGGGUUUACAGAGAGAGCUCGAGCUGGAACAGCAGCAACGGGAAAACGCUGAAGCUGAUGUGGCGGCUCUAAACCGUAGGAUCCAGCUUGUGGAGGAGGAGUUGGACCGGGCACAGGAGAGACUGGGCACAGCGCUGCAAAAACUGGAGGAGGCUGAGAAAGCAGCAGAUGAGAGUGAGAGAGGCAUGAAGGUGAUCGAGAACCGUGCAAUGAAGGAUGAGGAGAAGAUGGAGAUUCAGGAGAUGCAGCUAAAAGAAGCGAAACAUAUCGCAGAGGAGGCCGAUCGGAAAUAUGAGGAGGUGGCCCGUAAACUUGUUAUUCUUGAAGGUGAGCUGGAACGAGCUGAAGAACGAGCUGAGAUGUCUGAGUGCAAGGUCACCGAUCUAGAGGAAGAACUAAAGAAUGUAACCAACAACCUCAAGUCCCUAGAAGCUCAGGCAGAGAAAUACUCUGAAAAAGAAGACAAGUAUGAGGAGGAGAUUAAGGUUCUCAGUGACAAACUGAAGGAGGCCGAGACCCGAGCUGAGUUUGCGGAGAGAACAGUGGCUAAACUGGAAAAAUCCAUUGAUGACCUAGAAGAAAAAUUAGCAAGUGCCAAAGAAGAAAACAUCGAUAUGCAUCAAGUUCUGGAUCAGACGCUGCUAGAGUUAAACAGCAUAUGAAAAUUAGGGAAAAGGAGUUUCAUCUUGUGACGUUCAACAAACAGCUUCAUUCCUCAUGUUUCUCUACACAAAUCUCAAAGAGGAUUAAUUUAAUUUGUUUGUUUUUUACUUUUGCAGAAUAUCCAAAGUCUUAGUUUAAUGGUGAUGGUAAAGUGAAACACACUUUUGUUUACAUUGUCUUGCUACAUUGGUGCAAAAAUUUUAAUAUCUAAAUUUCUGGUGUGCAAACAUAAAACUUCUCCUGGAUCGAGUCCCCCAUCUAGUGGUCACUCGUUGUUGUUGUUGUUUUUUUUUCUAAACAUAUCAUUUGAUUAUUUUUGUUUUGCCAUUACUAUUAAAAUGUGUUUAUUAUUUUCCUUUUGUGUCCUAAGAUGAGGAUAAUCUUAAAAAUGGAUGCUAGAGGGAUGAAAACUUUAAACCAUGCCUUUAAAUAUGCAUUUAAUAAUUCUUUUUUGUCAAAAAAGUCAGAACUGCUGGAUGUUUUGAUAUGUUUGAUAUAGUUCACUGUUAAGCUGAAACCAUUCCACUUCUUAUAAGGACCAGGAUUACAUUUCAUUUAUUUGUGUUUCUCGAAACAUUCUUCCACUUUGCAUGUAAUAAAUUUCUAUUAAAAUGUUAAA